AUGGGGAUAGAUUCUACGUUCAGAGACGCUGUCGGUUAGUAUAAAAGCUGUGAAAAUAUUCUAUUUAGAGGCAUAAAUUUAUGUUGUGUAUUUGAGCCAAUUUGUAUUGGAUAAUAAUAGUAUUGAUAAUGUAAAACAUAAAAUUAUGAAAUUCCAUAAAAUCUAUUAAAUUAAACUAAACGUAGUCCGAACAGAAGCGUCUUGUAUAAUUUUGGGGUUUCAAUGAAAUACUAAUGAUUUUCAGAUUUUGAAAUAAAAAUGAAAUAUAAUUAUAAUUAUAUAUAAUAUAAUUACUACUGUAUAUAUUGUAUCUUGUAUCGUUUUAUAUUACUCACGUCUAGAGUACAUAAGAUGCUUUUUUAAAGUACAGUUAAUCCUCCUUAAUACUGACACAUCUGUGUUUUAAAUUGUCAUUCUGGCAUAUGAAAAUGACUGCUAACGCCACUAUAUUCCUGUUCAUUACUUUAUGACAAGUGUGACAUCUUUAUACAUAUUUACUCAAGUACAUACGCCAGGCACAGAAUAGAUACUAGACCAGAAGGGUCACUCAGACGAUAUUUUGUCCGAAAUUUUGCGAGUGCUGAGUCGUGAAAAUACGCCAUCAUAUGACGCCAUCCUGGAGUGCACACAGAAGUUUUUCAUAGGUAAAACAUAGGUACAAAGUGCUGUGUGCACUCCAGGAUGGCGUCACAGCACAUAAAAAAUUUCGAACGUUUUCCCCAAGCCAAAACACAUAGGAGUCUGGUCUAGUAUCUAUUCUGUGGCCAGGAUAAGAAUAUGCGACUAGUAGUACUCUGUCCACUUUAUAGAUCGAGCCACAAGUCCCACUCUAUUAGAACCGGAUUGGGCAGCCAUUCUUCAAGUGUGUGACAGUAUAAGACAAGAAGAUGUCUCGUAAGUAUGGAAAAGACUGCACCAAACAUUAUUUGUAACUGUGGUGUUAAUUAGACAGUUUCAAUGUCAUCAUGGACCAUUCUGUUGUACAUUUUAGGGGUAAAGUCGCUGUCAGUGAAAUCAGAAAGAAAAUAUUCGAUUCGAAUCCUCAUGUAGCUAAGAAUGCACUCAUU